UGAUUUUUGAAUAAAUGCUAUAAUCUCUAACAAGAUUAAAAUUGUAGCUUAAGGCAGAAAUUGAAAUACUUAAAAUGUGUUUGGACAAAGGAAAGUCAACAACGAUUAUAUAAAUGAUUGAUAAGAAUAAAUAGCGAUUAGAAUAAGAUGGAAAACAAUUGGAAAUAAUAAUUAAACGAUUAGAAGAAGGAAAUUAGUUAAGUUUGAAUGAGCAGGAUAAAUUGGACACCUUAAAGUUGAAUAUUAGUAAGGUAUUGAUUCAAAAUGAAAAAAUAUACAAUUCAGACGAAUAAUUCAAAGAAUUAAUUUCGAAAGUUCCUAGAAUUAAGGAUGAUUAGAGUCAGAAUCAGUCAUUCUAAUAGAGCAAGAAGGAAGAUUCAUCAAUCUAGUUGAAAUCCGCUAUAAAGACAAUAUAAUAAACAAACUAAGUGUAAUAAUAACCGUAGGAAGUUUAUCAGUAAUAUUAGAUAGUUAGAAACAAUGUGGAUAAUUUGAUUUCUGAGAUUUCUAAUUUAAAUUUGCGAGUUGAUAAUCACAAGCAUAAUGAAUUAUAAUAGCAAAUCGAUAAGUUGAAAUUAGAGAAUGCAAAGAUGCAAGCCAAUUUCAAAUUGUUGAAAUAAGACAACACUGAAUUGUUCUUUAUUAAUAAUGAUAUCAAGAAAAUGAUACAAUAAAUUGAGAUGGAUAAUGAGGAGAUCAUUAAAUCAAUAAACAUCUUCAGAGAAUAGAACAAACCAAUGAGCAAUCCAUAAUCAAGAUUAUCUAACUAUUAUAUUCCUUAUGAUGAAACCAAGGCAUAAGAAGCAGAUGAAAUUAUGAAUAGAUUAAAGUAAAAUUGA